UUAAAGUCGGAAAAUUCUCUCAGUGUACAUGAAUUAGUCUAUGGAUCGUGAUGUGAAAAUUUUGCAAGUGAAGUCUAUAUUGACUGUAUACAUAAGUGAGUGAAUCUUGUUUGUGUUGGUAAUGAAGUAGUUACACAUCAGGAUAAAAAAACUUCUCAAUAAUAGUGAUCGGUGAUAUUAGACUGAGUAAAUGAUUCUCCAAGGUACGGAUGUAAGCAGAGACAACCCGGAUCACAACAUGGCGAUGACUGCGGCAUCUAGUUCCGGAUUGUACCUAGGUUCGAGCUCCCCGACUGGACAUAGUGGCUCCCCUGUGGAUUUUAAUUACCCGGCAUCUCAGUCCAUGCCUUAUAUACACAGAGACUUUGGUGAAAUGAAAUACAUGCCGCCACAGCAUCAUCAAAAUGGACAUGGACAUUUAAAUCAUUAUGCUCACAACCCAUGGAGUUCGAUACCUACAGAUAUGGGUCCGUGGUCCAACAGCGGAAUGGGCUCACACUUGCACAACCCACACCCCGAUAUGAGGGAUAUUAAACCUGGUCUACAAAAUCAAGAUUUGAGCAGUGCAGGGAGUACGUUACAUCAUCGACCCCCUCAGCACAUGCAUUCCCCGCAGGGAUGGCACUCCCCUGUUACACCGACACACCUAAACCUGAACGGUAAUGGGCAUCAGCUCCAGCACCCGGGGUACGGUCUUCCUGGCAUGAAUGGCAUGCUCUCACCCGCUCACCAGAUACACCCGUCACUCAGGGAUCAUGACCCCUCAGAUCUUGACGGCGGUCCCCACACCCCAUCGGACGAGGACGCACCAUCAUCUGAUGAUUUAGAAGUGUUUGCUAAACAAUUUAAACAGAGAAGAAUAAAGUUGGGAUUUACCCAGGCGGAUGUAGGAUUAGCACUUGGAACUCUAUACGGUAAUGUUUUUAGUCAAACAACCAUUUGUAGAUUUGAGGCAUUGCAGCUUAGUUUUAAGAACAUGUGUAAAUUGAAACCCCUCCUUCAAAAGUGGCUUGAAGAAGCGGACAAUUCGACAGGGUCAACUACUAGUAUAGACAAAAUAGCCGCGCAGGGCCGAAAACGUAAAAAGCGGACAAGUAUUGAAGUGACUGUUAAGGGAGCCCUUGAGAGCCACUUUCUCAAACAGCCCAAGCCUCAGGCACAGGAAAUAUCGCAGUUAGCGGACUCUCUACAACUAGAGAAAGAAGUGGUUCGGGUUUGGUUUUGUAAUAGGCGCCAAAAAGAAAAACGUAUGACCCCAGCUGCUCAGUUGGGUCCAAAUGGAGAGCUUUUAGGAAUGUCAGAUAGUGAACAAAACGAUAAUUCGCCACCUCAGAGACAUGAUAUGAAAAUGGGCAAUAUAAACUCGGACUCAUGUAGCCCCAUACAACAGGGCGGGGGCUCCGGUGACUCUGGGGUUUUGAACCUCGGUGGUAUGGGUAUGCCCUCUCUCGCGUCCUUAACCUCUCACAACUCAAUGCCCACUAGUAGUGGGGGACACAUUGUAUCUAUGUCAAUGUCACACCUCCAGUCGCCGGUCUCACACCACCACUAUCAGCAACCCCCGGGACAUUGACAUCGCGGCGUCACAAAAAUUAAAGAAACAAACUUACCAGGUGACGUCCGAGUUCUAAGCAAUGGAUACCCUCAUAACAGUGAGCCUGUGAUUCUCGGAAAGGGGAAGGACGCGGCGGAUUGGAUCAGAUACUGAAGUGACGUCAUUGACGUAAACGCAGACGGCCAGUUUUGGUGGCUUAUGUUUUGUAAUUUAUUAUCAUACUGUGAAAAAACUGAAUGUCGUUGAACGGGAAAAUGUAUCUCAGACAGAAGUUCGUAAGUUUUAUGUAUGUUACAACAAAAUCGUCAAAAGUGCUUCAUUCUUUUGCCUUACUCGCGGUUUUCACACUCCUAUGACCAUAUUUCAAAGUUGAUGGCCCACAUUAUGGAAUGUUUUACUUUCUUUUUCCUACUUUGUUUAAAAGUUAGAGAAAUGAGUUGCCUUUUUUCACGAAAUAUAAAAAAAAUAUUUUGGAACAGCGAGUUAUUUUUGUCGUCUGCUUUGAAAUCAAAAUUUCUGCUUGCAGGAAUAACAGAUAUAAUUAGCAAAGGGCAAUUUUUCCCUAUCAAGAUGUUUUGAUUUCUUGAUCAUUUAAUAAUACACGAUGAGGCCAAGCAUCUGUCGGGGUGUUUCGCUUCUCAGUUUUUCUAGUGUAACAGCGAUACGCCAUGAUUUAAUUUAUAUCAAUUUUACAGUGUUAUAGUGUCACAUAUGCGCCUAAUGGACACAGAAAUAUUACUGCCCCGUUAAAUUUUAUUUAAGCAUCGGUCAUGCGUUACAGACUUUGGAAGGUUAUAAAUGAUGCUGGUAAUUUAUAUUAAAGAAUGCUUUUGAGAAAGUAGAAAUUGCUACACGCGUUAUACCUACCUUUAAUAUACGCAUCACCAGGGCAAAUGACGGUGUUUUAAAGAAAACGGUCUCAUAUCCAAAGUUUCAAGUUUAAAUUAAUUUUACAGAUAACAAAAGGGUUAUUUUGAAACCCUAGAAUGUGCAGUCAGGCUUACAUUUUUUUCACCAGCUAAGAUAGAUUAUGUGAAAUAUAGUUUGUUCAACCCGUGACAAUCUUGUUUUGCUUUCUACGUCUGAAAUUAAAUUUACACUCGAGUUUAUGUGGUCUAGUUUCUUCUUAAUUUGAUAUAUACCAAAACGUUGUUAUUAUAUGGAAGUAAUGUAAUAAUAAUUACACAAAAAAUGAUUUUUUUUUUGGCGAAGGAAUUAUGGCCAGCUUGCGGGAACCACCAGAUCAGAAUUAAGUAAUAUUAUAUGUAGAAAAUUUAUAUUUAUGAGUCAUUGUUGUAUGUAUGUGCUACGAGAUUUUUUUAUGAAUGAUAAUAUUUUUUCCAGAUUUUUUUCUCUUCAUUUAAUAAUGCAUAUUGUUAUUUAUUUGAUUUGUUAGAUCGAUAUAUUGACGCAGUAUUCAGUGCAACGUAUGUUCCUUACUAUUCUAAAGGAUUAAAGCAAAAGUAGUGUAUGUGAAUAAAACUUUAGAUACAGAUGAAACAAUUUAUUUUCAACCAGUAAAGUACAGUUCAGAUUUUUUUUACCUUCGUACAAGAUUGAUUUAAACCGCCGUUUUGUGAUGUCAACUUUAAUAUGUCAUCUUAUUUUUGCAAUUUAUUUUCUCAGUUCAUUCCUUUUUUCCUUAUUUGAUAGAAAACAGCCGUUUCAGCGAGUUAUUUUUUUUUUCAAAUGCAAGUCAUGACAAAAACUGUCUAAUCAACAAAUACACUAAACACAUCUUUAUAUUAGGAAAACCUGGCUGUGAAACGAACUUAAAAAUAUACUGAAAAAUGUUGUUAUCCUGCUGUAUCGCUGUAUGAUUAAUUGCUUAUAAAGGUUUCCUGCCACUUACAUACUUAUUGCAGAAAAAUGAAGGUCGCGCUAUAAUGAUGAGAAAUUAGGACAGAAUUGUUUAAUUACUUUUUCGUUGUACAGUGACUUUGAGAUAGAUUUUUUGUAAGGUUUUAUCCCUACAUCGAGGCAAAGAUUUAUGGGAAGUAGCACCACAAAACUGGUUUAUAGUAAAACUUCAAUUUAUUUCCGCGUCCAGGUUGAUUUUAUGAUGUAAAACUCUUUGUUUUCCCACAACUUCAUUUCAGAAAGAAAAAAAAUCGGGCAAAAGGUACAAUAUAAUGAUUCAGAAAAUUUAUUUCAAAAGCUUACAUCUUUUUUCUACUGACAAAUGUUAAAUAUCAUAAUGUGUAUUUCAAGAUUUUUCAACAUGUCCCAUGCACGAGUGAUACACUUUGUUCAAACAAGACAAAAUUUCUUUAUUUAUAUAUGAAGUAAUAAACGCCUCUCUCUUAUCUUUAUGAUCUUUAUACUUAAUAACGCUAUGGAGUAGUUUUUUUUAUUCAGUCAAUAUUUGAAUGCGUAAAAAAAUUGUAAACUGUUGUGCCAUGAUUGUUUUUAUUUCUGUUAAGAAGGAAUGUAACUUACAAUUAAAAGAGUAUACUUUUUAUGCGGAGAAAGUGAAAAUAGACCUUGAAAACAAUGAAGAAUACCUGUUAUUUCUUUAUUAUUAUUUAUUUACAAAUUUUGUAAAUGUAGAUGUAUAUUAUUCUUUUAUUAUUUAUCAUUGAGAAAAUUAAGUGCCAUGUUUUUUUCAUUCGUCCGUUACACAUGUAUUAAAUUAAUCUUAUAAUUUUAUUUAAUAGUUACGUCUUCGAGAAAUGAUUUAUUUCUUCUUCUUUUUUUUGAUUGAUUUGCAAUAUUUAGAUAUGAACUCUUUUCUAUUUACUUCAGUUUUUUAACUUUAGAAUUAUUGUGAAAUACUACAGUUUAGGAUCUCCAAAAAAUCGGCAUGCGAGUUCUCUCAUUUUCCUUUGUACCGGUCAUUCAUCUUUAAGUAUUUUUAUCCCUCUUCCCCUUGAAAUUCUCACCAAAAAUAAUAAGAUAAGAUAAGAUAAUAAGCAGCACAGUAUUUCUGUUCGCUUAUACAAUUUUUUUUCUACCCGUCAUAUGAAUUUUUUUUAAAAUUAAAUUUUCUGUACGAAUGACCAGAAAUGUUACAUGUUCGUUCAGGUCGUUGAAAGGGAAAUCGCCGACAACAUUUUCAUUGUAAAUCAUAAUUGUACUUAUAAGCAUUGUAUGGAGAGAUGAUUUUCGUAAUUGCUCAGUUUUUUCUCCUUCAUUUAUGUGCAUAUUUCAAUGUGUCUGUGUUUUUAAAAAAAAUCACUGAUUACGAGCCUGGUUGAUUUUAUAUUGUUUUAACAUAGUUGCCAUUCGAUAUAUGUGGAAAAUUAAUAAACAAAUGAUCUGCAGAACUCUCA